AUGUUCCGCCAUGCGCUAAGACGAGCUGCUAUUCACCGACCGGGAACUUCCCGAGUCACUUCAACUUUCUUACAACCUCGGCCACAGCAGCUAUGUCUUAUCCGCAUAGCAAGAAGCUAUCAUGACUUUGGCCAUAGGGCGUCUGCCAUUGACGCCGUCUCUGGCAGCAAGGAUCAAGGUGGAAAUCCUAGAGACUCGACUCUGUCCUUUCUCACAAACGACACCAUCUACGCCCUCUCGUCCGGAUCAGGAAGAGCUGGCAUAGCUGUAAUCCGUGUUUCUGGGCCCGGAUGUCUUGAUGUCUACAACUCACUAUGUCCCACCAAACCCGUUCCCAAGCCUAGAUACGCCGCAGUGCGCACCCUGACCGAGCCCACAGCGCCUGGCAAAGAGGUCUCAUCAGCUGCUAACGCCAACGUCCUCGACACCGACGCUCUGGUCCUCUACUUCCCCGGUCCCAAGACCGUCACAGGCGAGGACAUCCUCGAGCUGCACGUGCACGGCGGUUCCGCCACCGUCAAGGCCGUUCUCUCCGCCAUUCCCAAGUCCGAGUCCACUUCUUCGGGUACCAUCCGCUACGCCGAGCAAGGCGAGUUCACCAAGCGCGCCUUCCUCAACAACCGAAUCGACCUCGCCCAAGUCGAAGCCCUCGGCGACACCCUUUCCGCAGAAACCGAGCAGCAGCGACGGGCCGCCAUCCGCGGCACCUCAGGCGUGCUGGGCAAGACGUACGAGUCCUGGCGGGAACAGCUGCUUCUCGCCCGCGGCGAGAUCGAAGCGCUUAUCGACUUCAGCGAGGACCAGCACUUCGAUGAGUCGCCCACGGAGCUGCUGCGGAACGUGACUCAUCUCGUCAAGGGGAUCUUGCGCUCCAUCAAGCUGCACGAGAUGGGGAGCCAGCGGAGUGAACUACUUCGCAACGGCAUUCGCAUCGCGUUGCUCGGUCCACCGAACGUGGGGAAAAGCAGCUUGAUGAACCUGAUCGUCGGAAGAGAAGCGAGUAUCGUUUCGUCUGAGGCCGGUACGACGAGAGAUAUCGUGGAAGCUAGUCUUGAUAUCCGCGGGUAUUUGUGUUCGUUUGCUGAUACGGCUGGUAUUCGCACGCGCUCGUCUUUACUACCAGCAGAGCAAAAGGAGGAGGCGCCGAUAGGCAAGAUUGAAGAGGAAGGGAUCCGGCGCGCGAGACAGAAAGCCCUCGACUCAGACGUGAUCAUUGUUUUGGCAUCUGUCGAACCUCACACCAACAACAGCUACCGCCUAAACUACGACCUCUCAACGCUCCACCUCGCGUCUUCAGCGCCCGAAUCGCUUCUGGCAAUCAACAAAUCCGAGACUGUCCCUCCCGACGUCCUGGCACAGCUCAUUCAGUCAUUCAAAAACGACGUCCUCUCCACUGCCCUUCCCGAAAACUCCCCGCUCAAAAUCAAAGAUCCAAUCCUCAUCUCCUGCCGAACCGCCGAGCAACAACAAUCCCUUAAAGACACGGACGAUAAAGACCCAGGCAAAAUCCACCACCUCAUCUCUCGUUUAUCCUCCUCCUUCGCCGACCUGACCGCCAUUCCGCAAGACAUGGAGCACUUGCUAGGCGUCACGGCGAGGCAGAAUGAAUUGCUGGGCCAGUGUAGGGAUGCGUUGGAGGAUUUCAUGGCUGAGGCGAAUCCGACGACUUUUGAGGGAGAGGGAAUGGGAAUAGGGGAGGAAGUGGAAGCGGAUAUCGUGCUGGCGGCGGAACAUUUGCGGGUGGCGGCGGGUAAGUUGGCUGCUAUCACGGGAAAGGGAGAGGCGGGGGAUGUGGAGGAGGUGUUGGGGGUUAUUUUUGAGAAGUUUUGCGUGGGGAAGUAA